CACGGGGGGCAACGGAAGGAAAAAAGGGAUCACCGUAAAAUCCUAAGGAAUAUCAAAAAGAAAGAGAUUCUACGGGAAGUUACGAGCGAACUAACAAUGGCGGGUGAAGAGAUCGAGAAACCGACGGAGUCCGCCGGUAUGAAAGAACAAGGACUGCACGUGGAAACAUCUGAGCGUGUGGAAAAGGUCGAAGUCGGCAUGACGAGCCGAAAGACUUCCAAACCGGCCGGUCCUGUGGCUGGGGAAAAGGAGACUGACCCGGUGGAAUCCCUCACCAUGAAAUCCACGGUUGUCGAACCGAGAAUCGGCGAUGCGGAAAAUCAAGAGGAAACCACGGAGAAUUUGAUUGAGGAAAAUGUGAAUGCGGUUACGGAGGAAGAGAUCCCAACCGCAGUUCCUUCAAUCGGAGAAAUGUGGAACGCAAUGAAGACGGUCAUGGCCCAAUUGGCGAUUCUGACCCAGACUUCCUUACCGGCGGAAGGACCAACCGCCGGCCAGUCUGCCAAGAUUCGAUCAACGGUAACUGUCCUCGGGAAUCAAUGCGGAAAAUUCCUCUGAAGUAAUCGAGGUAGAUCCGCCAGUUCGUGCUACC